CGACUGAUGACGCAAAGCGCGCGCGGGGCGUUUCAGCCACUGGAGUAGUGGGCUGAGUAAAGGUUUUGGAGUCUGGCCUUGCGACGUUCAGGUAGAUGCAACUGAGCUGCCAGGUAACAAUUUCAAGAUGCCAGGGCGUUCCAGUACAAGUUCAGGUUCCACUCGUUACAUAUCCUUCAGUGGUGUGGAGUCCGCUCUCUCCUCCUUAAAAAACUUCCAAGCCUGCAUCAGCUCUGCAAUGGACACAGUUUCUAGUGUUGCCCUGGACCUUGUGGAGACUCAGACUGAAGUGAGCAGUGAAUACAGUAUGGACAGGGCCAUGGUUGAAUUUGCUAAAAUGGAUCGAGAGCUAAAUCAUUAUGUUAAGGCUCUCCAGUCUACGAUAAAUCACGUAAAAGAAGAACGUCCAGAAAAAGUGCCAGAUUUAAAAUUACUAGUGGAGAAGAAAUUUUUGGCUUUGCAGGAUAAGAAUUCUGAUGCUGACUUUAAAGACAAUGAAAAGUUUGUGCAGUAUAAGCAGCAGCUGAGGGAGCUGAAGAAGCAAUGAACUGCCAGGCUGUUUCCCACAGCGGCGGCGCCAUUUUACAUUUCCACCAGCAGUGUCUGAGGGUUCCAAUUGCUCCACGUCCUCAGCCAGCACUUGUUACUGCCUGUCCUUCUUACUGUAGCCACUGUAGUGGGUGUGAAGUGGUGUCUCAUUGUUUUGGCUUACAUUUCCCCCAAUGGAUUCAUUUCUGUGGUGUUUAUAUUACUAACCUAGGGCAAAAGUUUAAGUCUUGUACUUUCGUGUGAAAAUCACUUCAUAUGACUGGAUUGGCUCUCUGAAACAAAACGUAGUUCUAUACCAGAUAAGUGUUGUUCAUGAGGUUAUACUUGUUAAAAAAAAAAACAUAAAGUGAAAUGAAGAUUGCACACCCACCUGGGACUUUGUUUUGCAGUACAAAUUCAUUCACAGUGUUCUUUAUCCGAGCUCCUCAAGUGCUAUUAUGUGACUUUUACUGGAUAAUCCAGACAGCACUUUGGUUAGAUCCCCAGUGUGGUGUCACUAGGUAAACACUUGAAAAUGGAGAUGUGUGUCUCUGGUUUUACCAGUUGAGAUUAAAGGUGGUUUAUAGCACAGUAAACCCUUUCUCCCUACUCUGUGUCUCAGCGUGGGCCGAGAAUCUGCCACCAGAAACUCCUUAAGCUAAGCCUUUCUCAACUGUCGUGUUGCUGUGAUGACCUCAGGUUCUGACUGCAGAAGAGAGGCAAGAACCCUUUUCUGACUCGUGUGCCUCCCUGUCCUUUGUUUCCAGUAAAAGCUGUGCCGCUUUCAGCCCUUGCCUCUGUCUGGUUCUCUGAUGUUUUUGUCAGUUCUUGCGCCUUCUGUCUCUUUGGAGCUCCUUGUCUGCUGUCCUUGUUUCUGUCGUGGAAAGAACGUCAUGUGCAGCUUGGGAGUGUGAGUUUCACCAGCUCUCGGUGUGUACAGAAUGAGAAAAGAAGGGGUGUUGAAGGAGGAAAGACUACUGAGCCAAAUUCAGAAGCUGCUCUCUCUAGAAAGAGUCCCAGCAUGCCUCAGGAAGCUCCCCCAGGAAGGAGCACCUCCCUGAAGACCCAUCCUUCUCUCUGGCACACUGAGAGCGACACCAGAGCUCAGCCUCCUGUGCGCUGUGCACUCCUGUAGGGGACAAAGGGGGAAAGAGAAAGAAGAAUAGAAAGUUGUCCCCUUUGUAGUGUCACCUCUGUCUUACCUGCUCCUCAACCUAAUGUGGGCUUGGGGCUCAGCUGGGAGUGGCUGAAAAUAAUAACUAGAUUGAUGGGCAGAACUUGAAUUUUGCUACUCCAGAGUAAAGGGAGGCGACAACGAAGCUGGAGUUAAGCCUUCGUGAAUUCACUUUUGACACUCUUUUGUUAAUUAAAACACUGCUCUGGGUGAAGCAAGCACAUCAUGACCCAGUUAUGGUGUUGCUUUUCCUAAAGGUCCUGGACCACUAGAUAAUCCUCACCUGUGUGCCUUUUGAACUCCACAGAGGAACCAAAUACUAUUCAGUGAUGUGCUAUAGGAACUGCGGUUUAGUUCUGAUUUUUAAAUGACUAGCCCUCAAGUAAUAGAAAAAUGAAUGAUGGCAAGUCCUUACUAAACCAUCCUGUGUGCUAAGCAUUAUGUGAGAGCCGUGCAUCGCCCUCUGAGGUGAACACAGUUGUCUUUCAAGUGAGGUGUGAUGAAGGUCAGUGCUUGUCAUAUCUAGUUUACCCCAUAGCUCAACCUGUCUGUGGAGCAGACAUAGUGAAUGGGAAAGCUCUCCACUCCCCUGUACCCUAGGAGGAGUGGAGGAGAGGGGAUGUAGGAUGGUUCCCCACCUCCCUGUACCCUAGGAGGAGUGGAGGGGAGGAGGUAUAUGAGGCGGAGCAAGGCUCUAAAGGCUAGAGAGCUUACCCAGACUAGGAAGCUAACUGACGGGUUUGGCUGUGGUGGAGCUUAUUUCUGUUCGGCUUUUGAGUUUGGCUGUGGUGAUUUAUACAGGAAACUUCAGGCUCCUUUCCCUCCUAGAACAGAGGGAAUGAAGGCCGAGGAGAAGCCAACUGGUUUGUUCUGUAAUCAAAUGUGCUUCUGUGGAAC